AUGAAAAAAUAUACUGGCGGUAGAGAUAUUGUUCGUCCUGGUGUUACCCGAUUUGCAACACAAUUUCUACAACUUCAAGCAAUUGUUAGACAAAGGGAAGGUCUUGAAAACAUGUUCAAUUCUGAAGAAUUUAGAAAAACAAAAUAUGAUAAAGAGAAGAAAGGACCGGGACAUGAAGCAAGAAAAAUUGUUAUGAGUAGGGACUUUUGGAGUAAGGCCAAUGACAUUUUGAAAGUAUUUGAGCCUAUUGUAAAAGUUUUGAGACUAGUGGAUGGUGACGAGAAACCAACAAUGGGUUUCAUAUAUGAAGCCAUUGAUCGAGCAAAACAAGCAAUUCAACAAAAUUCUCGUUAUCAUUCCAAAUACAAUGAUAUCAUUGACAAACGUUAUUUUUUUAAUCCACAAUUUCAAUAUGGAAUCGAGCAUGGAAAAGCUGUUUACAAAGAAACAUUUAAUGGAACAAAGAAUGUAAUCAUGAAGCUAGAAAGAAACAUGGAAGAUCAAAUCAAAGCUCUAAACCAACUAACACUUUUUAAAGAAAAGAGUGAAACGUUUGGUACACCUCUAGCUCAAAAAUCUUGGUCUAAGAUGGAUGCAGCUCAAUGGUGGGAAUAUCAUGGUUCAUGUGCUCCUGAACUUCAACAUUUGGCUAUGAUAGUUCUCAGUCAAACAACCUCUGCCACAAACUGUGAGAGAAAUUGGAGUACAUUUAGCUAUAUUUACACAAAGACAAGAAAUAGAUUGAAGUACAAAAAAUUGCAUAAGCUUGUCUUCACACAUUACAACAUGAAGUUGAGAAUGAGAGAUAAAUUAAGGAAGACCCGGGAAGAAAUAGAAGCAAGUUUUGAUCCGAUAAAUCUUGACUAUAUAUUUCAAGAAGAUCCGUUAUCUCAAUGGAUAGAAGAGAGGGAAAAUCCAUUAUUGGAUGGAGUUCAAAAUGCAGAAUGGUUACCAAUAGUUGAUACAUAUGAUGAAAAUGUUGAUGAUAAUAGUGAAUCUAAUGAUAGUGGUGGCUUAAGUCCACCAAGCAGUAAUAGUGGUGAUGGGGGUGGUAAUGAAGUGGAUAACGAAGGUGAAAAUGAAGGUGGAAGUGGGGGUGGUGAUGAUGAAGGAGAAGAUGAAGAGCAAUUAGAACGUGAUCCAUAUCAUGAAAUACCACCUGGUUAUAGGCGUUAUAGGAACUUGAAUGAUAUAGAUCGUUUUGACAACUCACUACUUGACACGAGAGGAAAUGUGUCACAAUCUGGAAGAAAGGGGAAAAGAAAAAAAAAAUGCUCCACUUGA